AUGAGGGCGGACAGGGACCCCGGUCCUACUCAUCAUGACAAUAUCGCGCAAAGCUAUACCUCAAACGAAAACACACCGUACUCCUCUCCUGAAAUGUCGAUACGAAGGCCCGGGGGCGGCCGGUCAUUACGCCUCGAUGGUGGUUCGCUCAGCCAAGGGAGGGAACUGUCCAUCGAUACCGGGUCGCCAGAAUAUGAAUACUUGCCAAGAUCACCAUUGCUCGAGACCGACCAUGCUCCCGCACCGUCAGGGCUACCGCGGAUACGCCAGACAGCGAAAAGUAGAACCCCUUCUAUGCCGCUCACUUCUACCUCGUCCGCUGAAUCUGCAUUAACCUCGCCGAAUCUAUCACACGCAUCUUCCACGAUAUCAACCGUCCCAAUUACCACUGCUUCUCCCGAACUUGAGGACCUUCACAGGUUUCCUUCUGAAUCACUCCAUUCGUUCUCAUUUGCGCGCCAAUCGGAGGAAUUGCUGCAUACUCGCUAUAAUGUACUGCGGAGAACGAUUGAUUUUAUGAGAGAUCGCUUUGGAUGGGCAGCAAGUAACGCAGGGAUCGCUAAUGCCCAGGCAAAAUUAAGCGGGGACUCGGAAAUCCAAAAUAUGGUUGAUCUCGUUGCAAGAGCAAAUCUUCGUGAAGGCGUUCAAGGCCAUAGCCGACUAUCUGGGCUGAUGAGCGGUCCGGCCACAGGCCCUGCUGAUAUAAACGGGGAAAAUAUAUUUGAUAAGGCAUUUGCAGCUCCUUCUCUCCAUCCGAUUCACGACCAGGAUGAGACUGAACAAGAAGAAUUGGCACGAGCAGCAGAGCGAAGCGAGUUCGUAGCUGCUUCGGAAGAUCAAAGACUAUCCCGAUCCCGAGGGUUGAAAUCAGCUCCAUCCUCAAGACGCGUGAGCCUUAAACGGACAUAUACUGAUAUCGGCCUGGCUUCACUUCAGAGCAAGCUUGUGGACACGUUAUCUGCGCAACCAUACUCGGCGACGGAGUUCGUAUCCCCCGGAAGUACCACCUCAUUUACGAUAGGCACGAAUACCCCUGCCGUCCACUCCCAUAGUAGCAAAUGGUCCCCCGCUGCUCAAGCCGUGUUCAGGACGGAAGCCGGCCCACGGUGGACAAUCCUAGCUGCAAACGACCUAGCAUGUCUAGUAUUUGGUGUAACCCGAAGGGAAUUUCACAAACUCAGUAUCUUAAGCCUUGUUCAGGAAGAGAGGCGUGAGUGGCUAGAGUCGAAACUCAGACCGUCGAGUAUGUAUCCAAACACUGAGUCGUUGGGAGUCAAAACCUCAAAAGCAGAGGUGCAUGGCUCAAGACUGUCAAGUUUUGGUAACGGAGUGACUGCCCAGCUGCUGAGCAAAACGCCCGCGCGUCUAAACAGAUCGAGGUGUCGUAAUGAUAGCCAUUCUAGCCACGGAUCCACCCAGCGCGCCCAGAGCCCAAAUCACCAUCCUACCAAGUCCCGUGGCGUGCUCAUCUGUGGAGAUGUUGUGCCCAUUCAAAAGCGUAACGGCCUCACUGGCUCAGCCAGCUUGUGGGUGAUGGAGAAGAAGGGUGGUUUGAUAUGGGUGGUGGAGGAGAUUCCAGAGCACGUGGUGCGGCUCUGUUGCAGCGAGAAGGGUCGAGUCACCGCUGUCGAGGGCGAGGUAAACAACAUCUGGGGCGGCAAGGUCAUCGGCCUGGAGACGCCCGUACUCGACCUUAUUCCUCAUUUACCCCUAAUCUCAUCUCACUCCGACGCCCUGAACUUUAAAAGGAUCAAUGAACUAAAGUACUUCACUGCCUUGACAUCUAUUGGCACAUCUAUUCCAACAACUGUCACUGCUAUGCCUAGCGAGAGCUCCCUUCGAGUAUCUAGUUUUCCACACAUUGCAGGGAUGCUCGUUUUGUCCCCAAAGACCCUGAACAUCAUUAGUGCGAACCCUGUCUUUGCCUCUUCUCUCUUUGGUUACAGCUGCCUUGAAGGAGUACAUAUCACGGAUUUAGUUCCCGAUUUUGACCACUUCCUUGACACUAUAACUGAAUGCGAUAACAUUCCCCUCGUUGAUGGCAUGAUUAUUCCAGAACAUAGCUUUCGACGAGCACGAGUGUUGUCAAUUCUUCGAGAUGGAAAGGUCGAUGCAGCAUCGUUGUUCUUGAGACCAGCUGGCUUGCCUGCCCGGCAUCGAGAUGGUGUAGAUGUCAUGGUUGAUGUCCAGAUGCGUGUUGUGCGAAGCCAGUCUCGGGCUCAUUCAAAUGCCGGCACAACACAUCACGAUCUGGAAGUUUCCUCCGAGAAAGACGUCCCCCGGACAGUUACUGAGCUCGUCUACGCCCUGUGGAUAACAUAUUCACGUCAAUUUCAUUCUAUCAAUGGAGUUGAUCUACCGCCUGUAAACCCAUUGUUGCAGCCCCCAGAACCACCUCCUUCUCAAGCCGCCCCUGGGCAAAUUACUCCUGCACCAACACCUAUACUUGAACCUUCAUCGAGAUUAGGCAAACCUCAGGCAACACUUUUGGCCCAACAGUUAAGCGAGGCAGCCUCUCAACCUCUCACCGAUAAACCUUCACAACCCGUUCCCGAGAUGAAACUGUCUUCGUUGAAAGUCGAAAAGCCCAAGAAGUUGAAUAUAUCGGAUUUUGUGAUCCUCGAUGACCUAGGCUCUGGUGCCUAUGGGCAGGUCAAGCUAACUCGAUGUAAAUGGAAUCCAGCGAAAAAGAUGGUCUUGAAAUAUGUCACGAAAAAACGAAUUCUAGUGGAUACCUGGACUAGAGACCGGCGCUUGGGCACUGUUCCUUUGGAAAUCCAUGUCUUGGAUUUCUUGCGUCGUGAAGGGAUGCGCCAUCCGAACAUUGUGGAAAUGGAAGGCUUCUUUGAGGACGACGUCAAUUACUACAUCGAAAUGACUCCCCAUGGUUUCCCGGGCAUGGACCUAUUCGACUACGUCGAGCUUCGGGCACAUAUGGAUGAAGCUGAAUGCCGUAGUAUUUUCUCUCAGGUCGUCAGUGCAAUCCACCACCUUCACAUCAAUGCUCUUGUGGUACAUCGCGAUAUUAAGGAUGAAAAUGUUGUUUUGGACGGUGAAAGGCAAGUCAAGCUAAUCGAUUUUGGAAGUGCAGCUUAUAUCAAGAAUGGUCCGUUUGAUGUGUUUGUUGGGACAAUAGACUACGCCGCGCCCGAAGUUCUCCAAGGUAGAUCGUACCGUGGGAAAGAACAAGAUGUAUGGGCGUUGGGCAUUCUUUUGUACACGAUGAUAUACAAAGAAAAUCCAUUUUACAACGUCAACGAAAUCAUGGACCACCCUUUGCGAAUUCCCUUCUUACCUUUUACGGAAAGCUGCCUUGAACUGAUCCGAGGAAUGCUUAAUCGCAACGUCAGCGAGAGGCUGACAAUCACACAGGUCAUCGACCAUCCCUGGAUGAGAGCAACAACCAAUGCUCCCGCGCCCAGCUAA